AUGGCGCACUAUCGAGACGUGAACGCCCCUCAAAAACUAGACAAAGCCAAACGAUUACGCGCGAGGAGAUCGGACUUUAUUAAAAGGUGGUGGGAAGCAUCAUACGAGGAAUAUCUCUCUAGAAACGAUUUCCUCGAGCGCGACACAACUCCUCUUUUCGAGAUUUUCGAGAAGUAUCUACUAGAACGCGCCCGGCUCCGAGUAAACUUAUUUAAGAAAACGACUUUAGAUAGCGAGACUAGUCGACGGUGCUUAAACGAUAUAGUCAUGCUUUGUAAAUCUACAGAGCGGACCGUAUAUUACCCCGGAAUGUCACCUAAAGAUGGAAGUUGCCUAACAUGCUCAAAGGUUAUGUCUGAGUGA